AUGGAGGACUUGCCAAGUGCAUUUGAUGUGACUCAAACUGCAAAGCGAAGACGUGAGAAUAUGGAUGAUAAAGCAAAAGAUCUGAAAGAUAGUGGUGAUUCGGCCAAUAAUUCACUCAUCUCAGAGAUUGGCCGUGAUCUCUCAAUGGAGUGUUUAGCGCGCUGUGCCAGGGUAGAUUAUGGUAAAAUUUUGAUGGUGAAUCGUAGUUUCAAGUCAGUUAUCUUAAGUGGAGACGAGCUUUAUAAGCUAAGGAGGAAGUUAGGCAUCAUUGAGUAUUGGGUUUACUUUUCAUGUAAUCGUGCGGAAUGGGAGGCCUUUGAUACAGUUGGGCGUCAAUAUAGGGGUUUACCACCCAUUCCAGCUAGUGAAUGCUUCAAGUGCUGUGACAUGGAGUCACUAGCUGUGGGUACUGAACUUCUCGUCUUCGGAAGGGAGGUACAAUCACUUACUGUUUACAAGUAUAGUGUAGUAACAGACUCGUGGGUGGAUGGAGUGACUCCAAACACCCCAAGAUGCCUAUUUGCCUCUGGCAGCCUCGGCGAGAUUGCUAUCGUGGCUGGUGGUUGCGAUUCAGAAGGAAAGAUACUAGGCUCUGCAGAAAUGUAUGAUUCGAAUAAAGGAAUGUGGCGAGCUCUCCCGAGCUUAAAUACACCAAGGAAAUCGUGUUCAGGUGUGGUUAUGGACGAGAGAUUUUAUGCAAUUGGGGGGAUCGGUCUUGGGGAAAAAAGUGUAGACAGUGAAGCUGGCAACCCGAAAGUGCUUACUUCCGGUGAGGUGUUUGAUAUGAAGACAAACCUUUGGGUGGAAAUUCCAAAUAUGCUUCCUGGACACAUUGUAGAGGGAGUUGAUGAGUAUUCUCAUGCAGCCAUGAAGUCGCCUCCUUUACUUGCUGUUGUGAAGAAUGAGCUAUAUGCGGCAUAUCACGAGGAAAUGCUACUGAAGAAAUACAACAAGAGCAUGAAUGUUUGGACAACAAUCGGUAGGUUACCGGAAAAUGCCUCCUCGACUAAUGGUUGGGGAUUAGCGUUUAGAGGUUGUGGUGAUCUACUCAUAGUUAUUGGUGGCCCUCAGGCUAUGAAUUAUGGGUUCCUCGAGAUCAAUGCAUGGGAGCCAAAGGAAGGUCCUCCAGAGUGGACUUUGCUCAGUAGGAAGGAUUCAAAGAGUUUUGUCUAUAAUUGUGCUAUAAUGGGUUGUUGA